AUUCCCAUGUAUGAAAGGCUAAACGGCCAACGUCGCACAAACUUGGACAUAUUAAUGUAUUUGUAAUAUGCAAAAGGGGACGUGAUAAUUACAAAAGUAAACUGUCAUUCAUCACCACAAAUUAAAUUUUAACCAGUGAGCACAAUUCCGAAGGUUACGAGUUAGUGGUACAAUUCACACGGGAAAUUACUCAAAGCUCAUUCUUUCAAGUUAUAAGAAAAAAUCCAAAACUGUGAACAUGAUUGAAAAAUGACGGUCUCAAACAAAUCCAUAAAAAAAUCGGAACACUGUUACAAAAACGACAGUAAAUUAUUUCUCAAAGUUUACACCACACUCUCUCUUAUCGCCUCCAAUUUCGAUCCCAUUUCCGGAAUCGAACUGCCCCCAGGUUCCGCCCGUGUCUUGCAGCCUUGGGAAUGUGCAUAUUUGGUGGAUCUCAAGAGCAACACUACUCUCCACACGAUAUACGAAGGAUGGCAAUCUACGCCAAAUUAUUUUCGAUCCGAGAGGUCAACCUUGUCCAAAAGUGUGUUUUAUCCGAGUACUUGGAUUCCCAAGAAGGAGUGCAACAUUACCAUUUGCGGUCUUGAAUUUGGAGAGCGAUAUGGAUGCAAAGAUGUUACGGAGUGGGGCGGAAAUCUUUCUACUUCUGGGGUCGGAUAUGAAAUACACACGACAAAAUGCGUCUGUGAAGAUGGGAUCCCCUGUAGAACGAACUGUUCCAAUAAUGGCUUUGGAGAUCCAAAGAUUUGCGCGACCUUAUAUUCUGAACCAAAUUGCUGGGAUUGUCGACACGUCGGCAUAUCUGUAGAAUUUGACAGCAGUCUCGUCCUUCAUGGUAGUGAUUUAGUGAAAGUUGCACAAUUCCAGAGUUUCCGGUUGAGGCAUGGGUGCACCAUGCAAAUUUUGUAUCUGGACGAAAAUGCCAACAUUUUGGAACAGAUGGAAGACAAAUAUCCAUGGAGUACGGACUGGAAGUUGCAAAAGUUCCUGAGUGAGAAGGUGGACAGCGUUAUUUAUUCCUGUAUUUGCAACUGCGACGUAAUCAACGAUAAAUUUAAUGACGAUUUUAUUAAAAAUUGGACUUGUCAAGCUAAUCGGACCCUGGAGCGGAAGCCCGUCGAAGUUUGCAAGGUCGGGAGAAACCAAUUUAUGAAAAGCCAAUCUACUCCAUCGCUCUUGCCACCGUGUUAUUCGUCCUCCUCAUCUCUGCCAUCAUGCAAUGUAUCCGGCUCUAUUUCAGAAGACGUUCAAAACUCAAAAACCCCUCUUCAAAACUAACCACAAGCUUUGACGAUGUUUUCCACGAGAGCGAAAAAUGCAGCGAAUUUGUCCUCCAAGUUCUCGAGUCUCUGAAACAAUCCGACGUCAUCAUUGAGCCCUUGCAACCCUUCAAGAUAUGGAAAUCCAAUCCUACCCUGAUCCCCUUUCCCCUAAAGAACGGAAAGGGAACGUUCGCCACUGUUUACAAGGCGUCCGAAUUUCACCCAAUUUUCGGUGAGAUGAAAUUUGCCGUAAAGAAAAUCAAUAUAAAUGAAACCCUGCUCACCUUCACGCAACAAAUGCUCUCCUGUUCUCACAAUUUGGAAAAACUUUUGGUCGAGGUUGACAUCUCGAGGGAAUCCAGGCAUGAAAAUAUUUUAAGAUGUUACGACACCUGGAUUGAAGAUGCAAACGGGAUUCUCCUCUCGAGACAAGAACUGGAAGCGAUUUGCAAUCAGUGCAGCGAAUAUGGAUCAGCCUCCAUAAAUCCGAAUCAGUACUUCAUGUUUUUGAAACUUGAGCUUUGUGACUUCACCCUGGAAUUUUGGAUAAUUCGGGCAACCCAGAUUUUUCGGGGGGAUGAAGAAGUUUUUGAUGAGGGAAGUGUUUGUAAAGAUAUUUUGAAGAUAAUGCUGCAGUGCGCGAAGGGCCUGGAAUAUUUGCAUGGGAAGGGUUUCAUUCAUCGGGAUAUUAAAGCCAAUAAUAUUUUUGGAAAGAAUUUUACGGGUGAAAUUUCCUGGAAAAUUGGGGAUUUUGGCUUAUCUGUUCCUGCAUCGCUGGAAAGUGCAAAUUCCUGGCGAACUGAACCCGCAGGAUGUCCAAAGUAUAGAAGCCCUGAAAUGGAGAGGAAUGAUAAGUAUGGCGAAAAAUGUGACAUUUACAGCCUUGGUCUUGUCUUUACCGAGCUCUGCUCCGUAAUUUGGCCACCAUUCGAAAGGAAUCAAGUUUUUCAUGAUUUGAGAUUAGGAGGAGAUAAUUCUAUGGAAGAGGACGAUUUGUAUAUUGAGAAAAUUAUUUUAAAUCUGGCUCAAGGAAAGGGAAAAUUGCUUGUUGGCGUGGUUACCGAUAUGCUGUGUCACUCUGAAGAGAAGAGGAUCAGUGCGAGACAACUUGUUUAUAAUUUAUCUGCGCUAAUAUUUGCAAAAAUUGAGUAAAAGUAAUGAUAAAUAUAUUUAACCAAUCAUCCAAUCAUCAUGACGAUAAUGACUUGAUCUGUUAUUAAAUAAACCAUUGCAAACGAAA